CCUCUCCCGCCCCCGGCACUCAGCGGCUCAGACCUCGGCGGGGCGCGCGGCGGGCGGACUCGGCUCGGCUCCGCUCGGCAGCGCGCCAUGGCCCCGGGCCUGCGCAGCCUCCUGCAGCGCAGCCUCUGGCUGCUCCUGGCCCACCAACUGUUCGUGGCCAGCGCCGGCCAGCCCGCUGACGCCGGCACCCUCCUGCGGGAGCUCUGCCUCGCCCCGUUCCAGGCGGAGAUGGAGGCCGUGGGCGCGACGCGGUGGUGCGACUGGGACAAGACCAUCGGGAGCUACGGCGAGCUCACGGACUGCACCAAGCACGUGAUGGAGACACUGGGCUGCUUCUGGCCGAACGCGGCGGUGGACUCGUUCUUCGUCGCCGUGCACCAGCGCUACUUCAGGGGCUGCCCCAUCUCCGGCCGGGCCGUGCGGGACCCGCCCGGCCGCAUCCUCUGCCCCCUGAUUGCGGUGCCCAUCCUGGUGACCCUGCUGGUGACCGGGCUGGUGGUCUGGAGAAGCAAGCGCUCGGAGGGCGUCGUGUAGGCCGUGGCCUGGGAGCUGCCCCGCGCACAGAGGCCGCGGGCAGGCGGGGAGGCCGGCAGCUGGGGGCCUGGAUGGGGACGGCGUCCCGGGGCCCCAGGGCAGCGCGGCCCCGAGCCCCCUCCUUCUACCCGAGGCCAGCUGACAGGAUCUCAGCGCCGGGGUGGUGCAGGCGUGGGCCGGCGGGAGGUGCGGGCCGCCCUAGCACGGGGGCCUGGUGCUGUUUCUGGGAGGGCUCCGCCCUGUUUGCAGGCCUCCCUGGGCUCCGCUCCCACCUCUGGCCAGACUGUGGACGAGCAGUUUGUGAUUAAAAGAGUGUCCUUG